AUGCCACCCACGGAUGCCAGGUCGCCCUGCCGUCGCACUCGUGCACACAGGUCAAGUCAGGCUGUCUGGAGGCUGCUCACUUGCUCUCCUGCGAUUCGCCAGCCUGGAUCGUGCAUAUUGUCUCCAGGACCUGGACCUGCAGGUGUUGCCGAGGCUGCAGCGAGUAGGAAGCCAGCGGACGAAGACGGCAGGGUGGGCAGGCUGUGCGAUGACGAGAUGGCCCUGCAUGGCGAGCUGGCCCUGGCCUGCAGCCGUAUGUGGCCAGACGCACCAAGGCACCCUCUUGUCCUGGAGACGCCGUCGCUAUAUUUAUCAGGUGGCGAUGCCGCAUCUGUCAAGCUGCAUUCAGGCACAGGAAGCUGCCUCGCUUGA